AUCAGAGCUGGGUGGCGGCUCUCCUUUUCUUCGCAGCUGAGCUUCGUUCCCUGGAUCGGAGAGCUCAGCUUGAGUGCUCUCCUCUUCUUCGCUCUUGAGCUUCAUUCUCUGGAUCGGAGAGCUCAGCUUGGGGCGGUCCGACUUUGAGGCGACUUUGGGACCAUCGCCGACUUCUCCAUCGUGCUUCGUCAUCUUCACCUCUGGUCGUGGUGACGUGGCAGCAGCUAGAGAGAGAACGAAGGAAGGAGGGGGAGCUGGUUCGUUGAUUUCUUUGAGAGGACGAAGGAGGGGGGUUUGAACUGAUUUCUUUUUGGGGGCGGUCUUGAUUUGUGAAGCCCUAGACUGAGGAACAGUGAGCCCUCCGUUCCCUAAUGUUUGGUUUUUUGCUCAAGUCGUUUUUUUUUGGGGGCUGGUCUAGAGAUUACAGUAGCAUCUUAGAUGGCCAUGACCUUUGGGUUGUGCAAGACUGCAAGUAGAUGGAAAGUCUGUGAUUGCAUACAGACGCACGACUCGUAGUUAAGGUGGGUCUGAUCUUGUCUCUGUGUUGGGUUUUUAGAUAAGAACAGUCAAGUGUGAAGAUGGGAACACCUGUGACUAGUCAGGAAUUGAAGGAGAUCCUGGAGGGGGUGGCCAGGGUAUUUCAGACCAAACUAGAGGAGAAUUCUAGUAGGUCAGUCGUGACCGCAUCGGAGUCGGCGCGGGUAAUGGAGAGGGUAAAGUUGAUGCCGAAUGAUGUCAAGCUAGAGGGGACAAGAAACUACCUGAGUUGGUCUCGGAGGGCAUUGUUGAACCUUCGAACCAAAGGACUUGAAAAGUAUGUGAAGGGUGAGUGCAUUGAGCCAGAGAAUAAGGAGAGUGCUGAGUGGAACACAUGGAGUAAUACUAAUUCUCUGGUGGUUUCUUGGUUGUUGACUUCUGUGUCUUCAACCAUAGCUGGGAUGGUAGAGUCUAUCUCAAGUGCUGCUGAUAUCUGGAAGACAUUGGAAGGGAUGUACUCUGGAGCUGGGAGUGUGAUGAUGAUGAUGGAAGUGGAGGAGAAGAUUGACGCUACCACACAAGGGGAGAAGACAGUCCACCAGUAUGCAGCAGAGCUACGUCACUUAUGGGCGGAUUUGGACCACUAUGAUCCGUUAUCACUACAAAAUCCAGCAGAUGUUCUUUUGGGGAGGCAAUAUCUUGAGCGCAGACGUGUGGCUCGUUUUCUCAAGGGCCUGAAUCCAAAGUUUGAGGGAAGAAGGGCAGCAAUAUGUCACUUGUCAUCUCUCCCCUCCUUGGAUGAGGCUAUUGCAUCGAUGGAACAAGAGGAGAUCAGACAGAAGGUGAUGACAGGCGAGGCCUCACCUCCUGUCCGCUCGGCAUUGGUGGUGCCAGAUGCUCACAUCAGAGAUGAUAGAGAGUGCUAUAAUUGUGGAAAGAAAGGGCAUCUCAGCUACAAUUGCCCUCAAUUCCGCAAUACCGGUGGUAGCCGAGGGGGCAGAGGACAGAGAGGUAGCCGUGCAGGACGAGGAGGCAGAGGACGUGGAGGCCGAGGAGUGGCUCACCUAGCUGUGGCAAAGGAGUCCCGAACUACUGCUGAGAUGACUGGAGCUGACAUAACAGAGUUGGAGGAACUACGUCUGUUCAAGCUUCAGGCUGAGAGUUCAAAGGGCAAUGGACAAGUCACUCAGGAUCUGGAUAACACUAACUACUUUGGUAACUUUGUUGGUUAUGCUCAUACAAACAAAGGAGAAGGAAACGGGGAGGAGGAUUGGGACUGGCAUCAGGCGUGAUGGCCUUUGGUACUUGGACAGGGAGACUGCAAUGAUUGCUGUUGCUGUUAGUGGAGGGCCAGAGGCAGAAGCAAUGCUUCAACAUUGCCGACGAGGGCAUUUAUCUUUUGAUAGUUUGAGUAGGUUAGAACCUGAGAUAAUAAAGAAAGUGGAUAGAAAAGAGUUAUUUUGUAAUGCUU